AUGAGUUCACCACUCCGCCCCAGCAAUUCCGCCGCAAACCGCGGGCUUGGAAGCCUGAAUCGACGAAAGAGAUCCAGAGAACCCGAUGAUGAUGCUUCUUCAGUCGCUCCUCCCUCCAGUCCUCCCCCUUCCUCCCCUCCUAUGCUCCCCUUUGAUGAUGAUGACGACCGAGACGAAGAAGCCGAGAUGUUGGGAGACAUUGACGACAUUGAAGAGAUGGCGGAAGACGAGGGAGGAAUUGAUCUGUUCGAUGACAACUUCGAAAGAGAUUACAGGAGUACUGCCGACGACCGCUACCGAGGACAGUACAUCGAUGACGAUGAUGUCGAACAUGAAGAGCUUGACCUGGGUGCCCGUCGCGAGCUGGAAUCUCGUAUGAACCGCAGAGAUCGCGAAUUCGAGCGCCGCCGCCGUAUGCCUGCAGCGUUCCUGCAGGACGAUGAUGGUGAUAUUGACCUCGCUCGCCAACCUCGUCGACGGAGGCACCAGUACGACGAGGACCGAGACGACAUUGAGAUGGGCGACACUGCCAUGGAGGAACUCUCUCUGGACGAGAUGAUGGACGUCAAGGCCACUAAUGUCACCGACUGGGUUCUUCAGCCUCAAGUGCUUCGCUCCAUCUACACACAGUUCAAGGCUUUCCUGACCGAAUACACCGAUGCCACUGGUGGUUCCGUGUACGGAAACAAGAUCAAGACUCUUGGUGAGGUUAACUCUGCAUCUCUCGAGGUGUCAUACACCCACCUGAGUACUUCCAAGGCGGCACUUUCAUAUUUCCUGGCGAACGAACCUACUGAGGUGCUCAAGGUUUUCGACCAAGUCGCUCUUGACGUUACCUUGUUCCACUACCCGCAGUACCACGAUAUUCAUAACGAGAUCCACGUCCGCAUCACAGAUCUUCCGGUCACUUACACGCUACGCCAACUGCGCCAGCAGCAUCUUAACUGCCUCAUUCGGGUCACCGGAGUCGUCACACGUCGCACCGGUGUGUUUCCUCAGCUGAAAUAUGUCAUGUUCACCUGUGCCAAGUGUAACAUGACACUGGGUCCCUUCCAGCAAGAAGCUAGCCAGGAAGUGAAGAUCUCCUACUGCCAGAACUGUCAAUCUAAGGGCCCGUUCUCUGUCAACUCGGAGAAGACCGUCUACCGUAACUACCAGAAGUUGACCUUGCAGGAGUCUCCUGGCUCUGUUCCUGCCGGUCGUCUGCCUCGUCAACGAGAAGUCGUACUCCUGGCUGAUCUGAUCGACUCGGCCAAGCCUGGAGACGAAGUUGAGGUGACGGGUAUCUACCGCAACAGCUACGACGCCCAACUGAACAACAAGAACGGAUUCCCUGUCUUUGCAACGAUCAUUGAGGCGAACCAUGUUGUCAAGUCUCACGACCAGCUGGCUGGUUUCCACUUGACCGAGGAGGAUGAGCGCGAGAUCCGAGCCUUGUCAAGGGACCCUGAGAUCGUCGACAAGAUCGUGCGAUCCAUCGCCCCUAGUAUCUAUGGUCACUUGGAUGUGAAGACUGCAGUCGCCCUGUCCCUCUUUGGUGGUGUUAGCAAGCAGGCGCAAGGCAAGAUGAACAUUCGUGGUGAUAUCAACGUCCUUUUGCUCGGUGACCCUGGUACGGCCAAGUCACAGGUCCUGAAGUACGUUGAGAAGACCGCCCACCGAGCUGUCUUCGCCACUGGUCAAGGUGCCAGUGCCGUCGGUCUCACAGCCAGCGUGCGUCGUGAUCCUUUGACCAGCGAAUGGACUCUCGAAGGCGGUGCUCUCGUGCUGGCGGACCGCGGUACCUGCCUCAUUGAUGAAUUCGACAAAAUGAACGACCAGGACCGUACCUCUAUCCACGAAGCUAUGGAACAGCAGACAAUCUCCAUCUCCAAGGCUGGUAUCGUUACCACCCUGCAAGCCCGCUGCGCCGUUGUCGCCGCCGCAAACCCGAUCGGUGGCCGCUACAACAGUACGGCGCCCUUCUCCGCUAACGUCGAGCUUACCGAGCCCAUCUUGUCUCGUUUUGAUAUCCUCUGCGUUGUCCGCGACUUGGUCGAGCCCACCGAAGACGAACGCUUGGCCAACUUCGUCGUGGAAUCCCACCACCGCGCAAACCCUGCUCGCCCUACCCGAGAUGAGAAGGGCAACCUCAUCAACGCCAAAGGACAGAUGGUCGACGAAGAAGGCUACCGCAUCAACGAUAAGGGUGAACGCCUUCCUCCGACCCAAGAGGAAAUCCAGGAGCGCGAAAACGUCAAGAGGAAGGAGGCAGAGGAGAAGGAGGGCGAGAUUCCUCAGGAACUUCUUCGGAAAUACAUCCUCUAUGCUCGCGAGCACUGCCACCCCAAGCUUUACCAAAUCGACCAGGAUAAGAUUGCGCGUCUGUUCGCAGACAUGAGGCGCGAGUCUUUGGCAACGGGUGCCUACCCUAUCACCGUCCGUCACCUGGAAGCCAUCAUGCGUAUCGCCGAAUCUUUCUGCAAGAUGCGUCUAUCGGAGUACUGUUCUUCGCAGGACAUCGACCGCGCCAUCGCCGUCACGGUGGACUCGUUCAUCGGCAGCCAGAAAGUCAGCUGCAAGAAGGCUCUAUCUCGGGCAUUCGCCAAAUACACACUCUCCCGCCCUAAACCCCAAUCGCACCGCAAAGCCGGCAUUGCCGCCCCCGAUCCAUUCAACUUUCGGACCACCUCUAGAGUGCGGUAG